AUCCUGGGCCCUGGUCUACUGCGCUGUAGGACCGGGGGUUUCUCUGCUCCCCGCCAACGCAUUUCUCAUUUCUCCGCCAUAGGAUGCGCCAUCACCUACCGGGCCUAUGUAAUGGCUGACCGCUGGAUUAACAAUGCUCUACACACCUGCUUUGUCCCCGUGGCCGCAUUGAACACCUUGGUUUGUACAACACUCUCCUGCUACUCCAGGUUCCUGGAGGUGGAGCAGCCUCGUCUCAGUAAAACCCUCCGGUUAAUCGCCUUCGCCUAUCCCUUCCUGUUCGACAACGUGCCGCUAUUCCACAGGCUAUUUCUCUGUUGGGGAGACGACUGCAGCCACAACGCCUCUGUGCCUACCCACUACUGCCACCUGCUGUUCGCCUUCCUCACCUGCUUCCUCUUCGCCUCUCACCUGCCCGAACGCCUCGCCCCGGGCUGCUUCGAUUACAUUGGCCACAGCCACCAGCUGUUCCACAUCUGUGCGGUGGCGGGGACACACUUCCAGCUGGAGGCCGUGGUCGCGGACAUGGGCUUCCGCCGGUCCUGGCUGCUCGCUCACGCCCCACUGCCGUCGCUCGGGGGGACACUGGGGGUGACGGCGGCCGCGCUGCUCCUCAACCUGCUCCUCAUCGCCGCCUUCAUUGCCGCGCUGGCCUGCGCCCCGGGAUCUUCCUCUUUCCUCCUCAGCUCCCUGGCCGGCAGGGUCAAGCCAAAGGCAGAGUGAGAGCGAGGGGUCGAGGCGGCGGGGAAUCGCCGGCCCACGUCCACCAGGGGAGGGAGGGUCCGGGAUGUCAACACCGGACAUGUGGCUAUGCAGCGGGCACUGGACAACUGGACACUGGACACUGGACACUGGGCACUGGACAUUGGGCACUGGGCCUCGCCACUGGCGCCAGAUGUUGGAACCAGGCAGAUGUGUUGCCGCUCACUCACCGGUCAGCAACAACCAAUGAGUGUCCGCAUCCGGUCAGCAACAGCCAGUGAGAGUUCUCCAGGAGGAAAGGGCAACGUGGAGCCUGGGCGCUGAUUGGUCGCGCUCCAAUUGAGGGGUAGGAGCAUCUCGAGGGGCCAAAGGGCUUCUUCCAUUUUUCUCCCUUUCCACUUUGGAACAUCUGUCCCGGUGUCCAAAGGAAACAUUCAGCGAACACAUCUGUUCCCCGUCAGCUCGCCCCCCCUCUCUCCUCCUCCCCCCUCUCACCCCCCCCCCCCCACCCCCCCCCCCCCCCCCCCCCCCCCCCCCCCCCCCCCCCCCCCCCCGAGCAAGUGAACCGGCAGCUCCGACCCCACAAGGGUUGCAGGGGGCGACUACGCACCUGGACACCCCAGUGUACCACUAGUGAAUGACCAGUGUACACUAUCACCAGUGUACCCGCCCUCAGCAGGGUCAUCCAGCCUCCGCAGCGCAGUGUGGUCGCCCAGAGGAAGAGGCCCAUGUCUUCACGCCAGUAUGACCAGUCGGUUGCCCAUUUUACCCCCAGUCACUUCUGCUCGGAGCCUCGUCACCCUGCAGGAGCCCUUCAGCUUCAUGAGAAAAUCAUCUCGCGUCAAUUCCCUGUGAUAACAAGUAAACCUCUCGCAGAGCAAAGCUGCUUCCCCAGUGGCUAAUGGAGUAUUUAAACUGGAUAUCUAGAUGAUUUAACAGAGUAUUUGCUAACUGAUUUUAAAGCAAUGUUUGUAUAGAUUGUUUUAUAUAACAUUCCUUGUUUGGUCAUCUCCCACUUGUCUCAACGGACCAGGAGUGAGGGAGACUAGCCCUUAAAACGUGUCAAAUGAUGUAAAGAAUAUUCACUCGAAGGAUUGGAGGAGAUUGUAUGGAGGCUGGGCUAUUCCCCGGUCUUUGAAUGUAAAAGGUUCUCGUGUCAAGACACUUGUCAUUAAAGUUUACCUCGGGCUCUGA